AUGGACCGCAUCGUUACGAAAUUCCAGCCACCUCUCAGCAUUGACAACUAUGACCGCCUGCUUCCGCCUGAGCGGCAGCCGUCCUCGGUUUCGGCAACCUUUACCGCCUGCAUGGAGGUCCGCUAUGCUGUCUUUGUCAUCGAGCAAAAGGUCCCAGCAGACUGCGAGCUGGACGAGGACGACAAGCGGUCCUGCCACUGGGCCCUCUUCUAUCCCGAGACUGGCAUAGAGCCACCUGGAAGACCGGUUGGCACCAUCCGCCUCGUGCCAUAUCCGCAGUCGUCGCAUCCAGAGCCUGGCGGCGUCUACGAGACCGUCAACGGCAUCUACGGUCUGCAAGGCCGGCGAAAGCCCAAAAACGGUGGUGGCGAUGGAGAGACCGAGUUCAUACCGAUCAGCACGGAUACGCCGGAAGCUGCCCCUUUCCGGACCGCCCUUCACGAUGGCCACGAGCCGUACGUCAAGCUGGGACGGAUGGCGGUUCUGCCAGAGUACCGCAGGAAGGGCCUGGCGAGCCGACUGGUGAAGGACGCCCUGUCGUGGAUGCAGCAGAACCCGGGCUACUUUGACCCCCAGGGAGCCGACAACGCUGGCGCUCCCGCGUUCCGCGGCCUCGUCUGCGUGCACGCGCAGGUGAGCGCCGCCAGCUUCUGGCUGGCGGCUGGCUUCCAGAUCGACGAUGCAAUGGGACGGUGGUGGGAGGAGGGCAUGGAGCACGUGGGAAUGUUUCUGCGGCUUGACCUGGCCAUGCGCUGA